AUGGACAUGGACGUGGACGUGGACGUGGACAUGGACGUGGACGUGGACGUGGACGUGGACGUGGACGUGGACGUGGACGUGGACGUGGACGUGGACAUGGACGUGGACGUGGACGUGGACGUGGACGUGGACGUGGACGUGGACGUGGACGUGGACGUGGACGUGGACGUGGACGUGGACGUGGACGUGGACGUGGACGUGGACGUGGACGUGGACGUGGACGUGGACGUGGGUGUGGACGUGGACGUGGACGUGGACGUGGACGUGGACGUGGACGUGGACGUGGACGUGGACGUGGACGUGGACGUGGACGUGGACGUGGACGUGGACAUGGACGUGGACGUGGACGUGGACGUGGACGUGGACGUGGACGUGGACGUGGACAUGGACGACGUGGACAUGGACGUGGACGUGGACGUGGACGUGGACGUGGACGUGGACGUGGACGUGGACGUGGACGUGGACGUGGACGUGGACAUGGACGUGGACAUGGACGUGGACGUGGACGUGGACGUGGACUGGACGUGGACGUGGACGUGGACGUGGACGUGGACGUGGACGUGGACGUGGACGUGGACGUGGACGUGGACGUGGACGGACUUGGACGUGGACGUGGACGUGGACGUGGACGUGGACGUGGACGUGGACGUGGACGUGGACGUGGACGUGGAUGGACGUGGACGUGGACGUGGACGUGGACGUGGACGUGGACGUGGACGUGGACGUGGACGUGGACGUGGACGUGGGUGGACGUGGACGUGGACGUGGACGUGGACGUGGACGUGGACAUGGACGUGGACGUGGACGUGGACAUGGACGUGGACGUGGACGGACGUGGACGUGGACGUGGACGUGGACAUGGACGUGGACGUGGACGUGGACAUGGACGUGGACGUGGACGUGGACGUGACAUGGACGUGGACGUGGACGUGGACGUGGACGUGA